AUGUUUUCAAGAACAGAUCCGCUUGCAACAGCCAGUGCUGCUAAUUCACUCAAUGAAAUGGAGAAAACGUUCUUCGAGCCAACUUUCAAGUAUCUCAUGUGUUCGGGUUGCGGGAAGCACUUUUCUCAAGGAGACAAAGUCUACGAGUGUCAAACAUUCUUCAACUAUGGAACGUGCUACAAAUACAAUCGGACAUGUUUCCCUUGCAUGCUCAAGCAUGCCAAAGAUCAGCAUUCCCGGUCGGCGGAGACUGAUCUUCAAAAUUUCUUCAAUCAUUCACAAAGUUGUAUGCGCAAAUUGGAUAUUGAGGAAAAACUUUUAAAGUUCUACGCUUUAAUGGAGCAAAAGUUUCUAACUCAAAUGGUUCCUCAAGAAAUUCUUCAGAAAAUGGAAACUUGUAUAGUGCAAACUGAAGCCAAGGGAGAUGGUGAAAUAGAUGAGUCAAUAAACUCGUUUUCCUAUUGUAUUGGCUCUCCUGGUCCGAAGCGC